ACUUUUGAGAAGCCGGCCACAUCAAAAAAUGGCAGAGAAUAAAGAAAGGAAUAGUAAGAAUACAGACGUGAGACCAAAAACCAGCCGGAGUAGAAGUGCAGACAGGAAGGAUGGUUAUGUGUGGAGCAGAAAAAAGCUUUCCUGGUCAAAAAGGAGUGACAGCGGUUCUGAUGCGGAAACAGCAAGUACUUCAGGGAAGUCUACGUUUAGUUUGAGGAACCAGGAGCGGAAGCACAGCUGUUCCUCGUCAGAGCUAGACCUGGAACGUUCGUGUGGCCACAGAUUCUUAGGCCGGUCUCUGAAACAGAAACUUCAGGAUGCCGUGGGCCAGUGUUUCCCUAUCAAGAACUGUAGCAGCCGCCAUUCUUCGGUGCUUCCAUCCAAGCGAAAAAUCCAUAUCAGCGAGCUAAUGCUGGACAAGUGUCCCUUCCCUCCCCGAUCCGAGCUCGCUUUCCGCUGGCACUUAAUCAAACGGCACACCGCCCCCAUAAAACAAAAGUCGGAAAGCUGGCUCAGCGUGGCGUCUUCCCAUGUCGAAGGGAAGGACGGGGAGGUCGAGAGCGUGGACGGAGACGGGUCGGCGGUUCUGCAGGCAUGCGAUUUCAGCGACGGCGCUUCCUGCCGAUGCGACCCCCCAGGUGAAUCCGCCGCGGGUCGGCCGGUGAAGAGCAGAGAUGAGAGCGACAUGGACUCCGAUGACGAAGUGGUGACGCUUUGCGCCAGCUCCAGGAAGCGGAACAAGCCGCGGUGGGAUCCCGACGACGAGCUGCUGCAACUGGAAUCGCCUCCUAAAUAUCACACCCAGAUCGACUACGUCCAUUGCCUCGUCCCUGACCUCCUUCGGAUCAAUAACAAUCCAUGCUACUGGGGAGUGAUGGAUAAAUACGCGGCGGAAGCGCUUUUGGACGGAAAGCCGGAAGGGACUUUUUUGCUGCGAGACUCUGCCCAGGAAGAUUACUUGUUCUCGGUGAGCUUUAGACGUUACAGUCGCUCCCUGCACGCCAGGAUUGAGCAGUGGAAUCACAACUUCAGCUUUGACGCCCAUGACCCAUGCGUCUUCCAUUCCCCUGACAUCACUGGGCUCUUGGAACAUUACAAAGACCCCAGCUCCUGUAUGUUCUUCGAACCGCUGCUGUCGACUCCCUUGAACAGGACUUUCCCCUUUUCUCUCCAGCAUAUAUGCCGGACUGUGAUUUGUAACUAUACGACUUACGACGGCAUAGAUGCCCUUCCCGUUCCUCCGUCUGUGAAGUUGUAUCUGAAGGAAUAUCACUACAAGUCGAAAGUUAGAGUCCUCAGGAUCGAUGUACCAGAGCAACAAACCUAAAAAUUAGUU